UCAGAAAGUACAAGUUCACGUCAAACCUUGAACUAUUGUGAUGUUGCACUACCUGCUGUAGUGAAUUCUUCAUCGAGUUCGACGUCAGUCAAUUCUCGAGUCGAAUACGUUACCAUUGAUCCUGUGUCGACAACGGCGGCUAGGGAGGCAUCCACUAUGCACUUAUCGCCAUUCGAGAGAUCGCGAGCAAUCUCAACAUCGAUGACAGGUGUUCCAAUACUCAGAAGGAGGUCCCAUGGCCAAUCCAGCACAUCCGAUUCGGUGUCACUUGGACAGCCGACACGUCAGGGCUUUCUUCCGUAA